CUGUGUGACGUCGCAGGCAGUGUGUGUGUGUGUGUGAGUGUGUGUGUGUGUGUGCGUGCGUGUGUGUGAGAAAGAGCGCAGUUGAUAUAGGGUGAGCUGGAACAGCGGGUCACUCUCAGUUGAAGGAUGGAGUGAGAUCGGGUGUGUUUCUCCGUUCGCCUGGACUGUGAGGGUCUGUGAGUCUCUGGACACCUAUAACGCGCGUUUCACGCAGCAUUUCUGUCUCCGCGCGGGAACACGACAGGCUGGCGCUGAUGGGCUGCUUGGGCGUCUGGACUUUGUCCGUCCUGCUCGGAUCUUCCCUAUGGCUGUCAUAUGGAGUCCGAGUCGGCGCUGGAUCCGGAACUACAGCAAAGGAGGAACUUCAGCAAUAUGGAGGAGCUGAAAAUAAAGUCAAGCAAAAUGGGGGUCCGUGCAGGAGGACGUACUGUGGCCGGGGUCGGGAGUGUGUGGUCAGGGAAGUCACGGGCCGGGCCGAGUGCGUGUGCCAGGAAAGCUGCCACACUUCGUUUGUGCCCGUGUGUGGCUCUGACGGACGUUUUUAUGAGAACCACUGUGAGCUUUACCGCACCGCUUGCCUGCAGCGGAGGAGAAUCUAUGUGGUCCACAGCAAAGACUGCUUUUUUAAAGGAGGCGCGUGCACCAUGGCGGAGUACAACAAGCUGAAGAGCAUGCUUCUGGACAUGCAGCCCAGGACCUCCACGGACGGCGCCCACGCGAGCGCCAUGGACCAGAGGAGGAUCCUGGUGGACACGAUGUUCAAGUAUAUAGACAGAAACCAGGGCGGCCGUCUGAGCAGCGAGGUUCUUUUACAGAUCUCCAUAAAGGAGCAUUUAGAAAACAUCUUAUUGGAGUGCACCAUGCAAGACCUCCUGCGUUCUGACGAUUACAACAACGACGGUCACCUGACCCUUCAGGAGCUCUACACGGCCUUCCAGGUCGUUCAGCUCAGUCUAGCCGAUGACAGGCGUCUGAGCGUCACAACGGUGACCGUCGGUCUGAGCGCUGUACUGUCCUGCGCCAUUCAGGGCACCCUGAGACCACCCAUCAUCUGGAAGAGGAACGGCAUCAUCCUCAACUUCCUGGACCUGGAGGAUAUAAACGACUUCGGCGAUGACGGCUCGCUCUACAUCACUAAAGUGACUACGAUUCACAUGGGGAACUACACCUGUCACGCAUACGGCUAUGAGGAGCUGUCCCAGACCCACGUGCUCCAGGUGAAUGUGCCUCCAGUAAUCCUGGUGUAUCCGGAGACUCAGGCCCAGGAACCCGGCGUCGCUGCCAGCCUGCGCUGCCAUGCAGAUGGUAUUCCAAACCCCAAACUCACCUGGCUGAAGAACGGCCUGGACCUGCAGCCGCACGGAUCCAAGCAGAUUUCACUUCUCGCUAACGGCAGUGAGCUCCACAUCGGAAGUGUGCGCUAUGAAGACACCGGGGCUUAUACCUGCAUCUCUAGAAACGAGGUUGGCGUGGAUGAAGACAUCUCAUCUCUGUUUGUGGAAGACUCGGCACGAAAGACACUGGCCAACAUUCUCUGGAGGGAAGAAGGACUCAGUGUAGGGAACAUGUUCUACGUUUUCUCCAGCGAAGGGAUCACCAUACUGCAGCCCGGCAACUGUGAGAUUCGCAGGCGCAUCCCGCGAACAGAGAGGAUUCUGGGUAGCUAUGAAGAACUGUGUCCCAGCAGCACGGGCGUCUCUUCACGGGAGUGUGUAUGGGCAUCGGCGGUCAGCGUGAGGGACAAGUAUGUGUACGUGUCUCAGCCGCUUCAGAACAGACUGCUGCUGAUCGACACACAGGCGCAGAGAGUCAUGCAGGCUGUGGACACAGACGCCAUGCCCGUUAAACUCUUCUACGACAAAUCUCACGAUCAGCUGUGGCUGUUGAGCUGGAGAGACCUGCUGAAGUCCCGCUCUACACUGCAGGUGAUCACUUCUGCCAGUGCAGUGGAGCAGCGUCAGAUCAUCCGUACUCCAUUUGAAGGAGUGGAGGACUUCUACAUCCCUCCCACCAACCUCAUUAUCACCCACGUAAGGUUUGGCUUUGUCUACUUAAAAUCGGAGCCCGCGGUGCAUAAAAUCGACCUUGAGACCCUCCGCCUCGUCAAGACCAUCAGUCUGAAGAACUACAGCUGUAUCCCGGCCAGCAUGGCCUACACUCAUUUAAGCGGCUACUAUUUUAUCGAGUGCCAAGUCGGGGCCCCGAGUUCACAGCUUCUCAUCGACAGUGUGAGCGAUGCAGUCGUCGGAGCCAAUCCCAACAUCAGCGGCCGACCGUUUGUGUCUCCAGACGGCCGCUUCGUGGUCUCUGUGGACAAGCGGCGCGGAAAGCUCCAGGUCCAGACGGUCUCCUUCAGCGGAGAGCUGCGGACCGGCCACGAAGCAGACGUCUCGUUUCCCCUCGCGGACUUGGAGUUUCAGCCGUCGUUCACGGAGGCCAACCAGUAUAUAAUCGUGGCUUCUUCGGCGCAGGGCUCCAAGCUGGUUUUCUCAGACCUGGCUUCAGGAAGAACGAAAGCCCUCGAGGACGUCAAGGAUCCUAUUCCGGCCAGCAGCUGGCCUUGGGGAGACGCCAACAGGGUGGUGGUCUCCAGCGGGGUGUUUGGACGCUACUUGGUCACGUCGUCGGCCGAGUCCCUGUUCGUUCUGGACGGCAAACAGAGCGGCCCUCACUGUGAGGUGUCAGAGGUCAAGAGAGGGAACACGGUGGUCUGGGUGGGCGAGGUAUGAGCGGCGUACCGCGGGCCGGUUCUGCAGAGGAUUGCGUCGGCCGACUGGGCCAAAGCUUGGGAAAACCUUUAAGGGAUGCGAACGGACUCGAUCCUAGUAGUGAGUUAAACGAACACACAUGCGGGUUUCUGUAUAGGUACACACACAUACACACACAUUCAACGACAAGAAACCUUAAACAACAAGGCAGCGAACGGAGACACCCUUCAGUGCAACAGUGAACUAAUUUGAUGAUUUUUUGCACUUCCUUGUUAGCAGAAAUAGCGUUAAGCAUCAGACAGGUUAGGUGAUGACUGAACUAUGCACAAUGCUUUUUAAAGUUUCUCUUUUUUUUCCUCUCUCAGUGUGUUCACUUGUUAUAUAUAGUCACUGCAGGAAAUGUGUCCGUCAGUGUCAUGUCCCAUUUUUGUCAAUGUAGAAAACUGUGUUGUUUGCCUCAUCCCAGUGUUUCUGAUCACACAGUUCAACAGCGUUUAUUUUACACUUCAUUAUAAUAAACGUGUUACAGUAAUGUUUUGCACCUUCCUUUUUGUAAUGAGGUGAGUACUUUCUGUCAUCCUCAAAGCUCUCUCUGUGUCUGCCUGUCUGUCUGUCUGUGUGUGUGUGUGUGUGUGUGUGUGUGUGUGUGUGUGUGAGCUAGACUUUGGUGAAACGGUUGCCUCCAAACGUUUGCUAAAGCUUUAGGGACAAAAAAUAGGACAAAUCCUUCAUUUCGUAUUUGUUUUUUAAUUCAGUGGGUCUUUUAGUGUGUCUGUGUGUGUGUGUGUCUGUGUGUGUGUGUGUGUGUGUGUGUGUGUGUGUGUGUGUGUGUGUGUGUGUGUUGGUCAGGUUUUGAUCAAAUGUCCAGGUUGUUUUAUUAACGUGUCUGUGAAGAGAGGUGACAGAGAUGGCAGAGAACACACCCUGUUUCUUUUCUAUAUUUUACAAAAGCACAUUGUUUUGUUGUUAUAAUGACUAUACACCAAUAAAAGUAGACACUUUCCAGUUUCAAACGAUACCUUAUUGUUUUCUGUUCGAUCCAAAAUUACUGAAAACUUUUAGUUAUUUUCGCACUCAUUGGUGCGGGCUUCGACCCCAAGGGAGUAAAAACAAUAAAAGUCAAUGGAAACACCAGCCAUGUUGAUCUUCUUUUGGAUUUUUUGUUUACUUAGGUUUGAUUAAACACAAAGACAAACUUAAGUUACAUUAAAGUAGUCCUACAUUCGUAAUUUGCAUUCAAACACCCAGCUAAAGGACAGAAUAGUAAAUAGAAAUGAAAAAGUACAUUCGUGCUAGAUCCACCCACCGAGCUUGAUAAAAACUCAUCUGGUGCAUCAGAUGUUUGAAAGGCAACAGAAAACAUUCAGCGCAUUCAACGCACAUGAACCGAAUUAGAGCACUGUUGCACUGAACACACUAUCAUCACUACUGAGACGACUGCAAGCACGGCUUCAAAUCGCCAUAUUUGAGACAAAAUGGCUAAAUUGGCGUUUCAAUGUGCUUUCAGGCUUAGUCAGAUAUGCAUGACUGCAAUAUAACUUUAGAAAGCCAGAUGGUUAGACCUCAAUGAACAUUAAACUGGACACAGACAUGAUCAAUUUAAGACCCAAACAAAUCUAAUUAAACUCAGAGGGCUAACAAUCGCUGAAUAAAUGUAAAGUAAUGUAAGUAAAAUUAACUAUUUGAGCUUGUGUCCUGGCUUUUGAAGGGAUAGUUCACCAAGAAAUUAAACUUUUUGUAAUAAAAUAUCCAAAAACCACUUGCAGUGUUAUAUAUUUUUUGCAGUUGUGUACGUACGUCAAAAGUUCUCUAGGAUUUGCAAAUUAAAAGAAAUUCCAGAUUCAAGCAAUGGCCCGUCAGUGGUUAUUGUUGACUGUUUCCGCCUCUGAACACUACAAGAACGCAUAUGGACAAAUGCAGAAGUGGUACUUAUUUAUCGUUUUACUUAUUUCAAUUAUCAUGUAUCGCGAUGGAAAUGGAAAAUCCCCCAAAAAACGUAAACUCACUGAGACAAGACCCACUGAAAUAAAAGUAAAAUACAUUUUUAAAAAAGCAUAUCAAGCAACACAAAAUAAAUCCUUCUGGCUUCUGAUAAUCUAUUGAGGUAUUGUGAAGAAAAAUGAUCCCUCUGUGCAAGAAACUGAACAUUACUUACAACAUUACCUGUAAUCCAGAGCCUCAGAGUAAAUCAAUACAACCCAUUUUCAGUCUCUUUCAAUACAAAGGUCUGUACUGCUCACUCACUCCAAAGGCGGAAUAACGUAACUACGUAGUUUGCGUAGCUAUGUAGUAACUUGUAGUUUAUUGCACAAAUGGAUUGUUUCGUUUUAUAACACCUCAAUAUAUCAACUGAUAUUCUGAAAGUGAGGGCAGCGGCUCGCUUGAAUUUCACGAAUCGCCAAGGAGCAUGGUUUCGGCUCAAAAUCUGAAGAAAGAAAGUCACCUACAUCUAAGUAAAUUAACAGCAAAUGUUCAUCUCUUAGUGAACUAUCCCUUUACGGACUAAGCCAGAAAGCUGGAUUUAGUCGCAGCCAUUAUAAGGCUCUUGUAACGGUACACUGAAAACGGCGUGAACGUUGUGUAUCCGAUUUUUUUGGAGGAAAUGAAUUAAACAGAGUAGACGUUUGUUGCAGGAGAAGUGAUCUGCAUUAAAAGUGGUUUCAACAUCACGUCGCAUAAAAUCUGCUCACAACUAAACUAGCUGCACACAUUUUGUACAGUCCUGCAUAUAAUAUGGGGUUCCUUUAAAAUGUCUGUAUUAUGUGUGUAUUAUUUGUUCGCGGUUCUUUUUAGCACUGAAAUGCCAGCCUGACUUUUGCCAACGAGGCAGAAACAAAGCAUCUUGUGCCUCAUUGAGUCACAUUUAAGUCCACAUCCAUUUGUCUUCAUUAUACUCUAUUGUCCCCAGACUGUUUCAGCCUGUUCUUGUCCUCGUCAUGUACAUUUGUUUUUUUCAGUGUGUUAUUAACUUGUUCAGCACCUCGCUCUCUGUUUAUGCGUGUCAUUAAAACCUUUAUCAAGUGUACUAGAAAUGCUGGCAGACCUGAGGCACAUAACGUGCUGCAGCCGUGUGCAGUUGCUAAUCAACGGGCCAAGAACCAAAGGCUUUAUUCGUUAACCGCAUUUUUGAAUGAACAAUAACACAGCUGUACGGCUUUUCCUUCUCAAGGUGAGCUGUCACGGUCUUGGUGUAUUUUGCUCCGACACACGCCUCUUGCUGGCUUUAGUUGCCUAAUUCUGUGCACGUGUGCGAUUUGUUUCUCCCGACGUACAUUGUGUAUGGUGAAUAAAACCUGUUCAAGUUUGUAAGUCAGCACCACUUAUUCUUUGGUUUUAGAGCACACAUUAAAUUCACGUAAAUACAAUACUACACACUCUUUCAAACGAUUGCAUUUAAAUCAUGACAAAAUGCCAAGGGCCUAAACUCUACGACGAGAAAUGAUUUAUUUACAUGUAUGUAUUUGUUCAUUUGAAAUAACAGUCUUUAGCUGUCUUCGCGCUGGUUAAUCUAUAUCUCUAUGCAACACGUUUUUCAGCAUUAAGGCAAUAACUGUUGAACUAUUGAUGUUUUGCAAUCGAGUACUGGCAGCAAUUGCUAUUUUUUGAUGACUGAUUGAUUGAUUUUUGUCUUUUCUCGUAGCGUAACUGACCGCACCAGCAAAGCUCUCAUCUAGUUCUCGGCUUGUCUCGUGGUCAAGCAGCACCAUGUUCUGUUCAUAUGUGCGCGUGUGUGUGUUAUGUUCAUUUGAUUUAAUAUGUCGUAGAACUGUGAAAUGUUACACCUUUCGGAAAGAUAGCGGCUUUACUUAAUUCACAGAUGUGCUUCAUGGGAUGUAGAACAAAGUUCGAAUUUCAUGGUCAGAAUUUUAGUAGACUAAGUAUCUGUUAACCUGUAACAAAUAAAAGAAAAAAAAAAACAGUUUCCUGAGAUCCGGAUACACCCAAGUGAUUUAUUAGCAUUGGUUGUAUAGAUACCUUCAUUGUAUGAUAUAAUAUAGUGUUGCCUGGGAUAUAUAUAUUUCUUCCAGUUUUACAAUAAAAGAUGAGACCAGAA